AUGUGGACCUGCUGGUGGCUGUGGCCCCUCGUGGCCGUCUGCACUGCCGACACAUUCCGGGAGCAGGCCCAGCGGGUCAUGCAGGACACACCUGUCAUCGACGGGCACAAUGACCUGCCCUGGCAGCUGCUCAAAAUAUCCAACAACCAGCUGAGGGAUGAGAGGACAGACUUGAACUCACUGAAAAACACACACACCAACAUCCCCAAGCUGAAGGCUGGCUUUGUGGGUGCCCAGUUCUGGUCUGCAUACACUCCCUGCGACACCCAAAACAAAGAUGCCGUGAAGAGGACACUGGAGCAGAUAGACGUCAUCCAUCGUAUGUGCCAGUUGUACCCGGAGACCUUUGUGUGUGUCACCAACAGCUCAGGCAUCCGGCAGGCCUUCCAGGAAAGGAAGGUGGCCAGUCUCAUCGGCGUGGAGGGCGGCCACUCCAUCGACAGCAGCCUGGGUGUCCUGAGAGCGCUCUACCACUUGGGCAUGCGUUACCUGACCCUCACCCACAGCUGUAACACGCCCUGGGCCGACAACUGGCUGGUGGACACAGGAAAGGACGAUGCCCAAAGCCAAGGCCUGUCGUCAUUCGGGAAGGUGGUGCUGAGGGAGAUGAACCGCCUGGGCGUCAUUGCUGACCUGGCCCACGUGUCCCUGGCCACCAUGAAAGCCGUCCUGAACCAGUCCUUGGCCCCCGUUAUCUUCAGCCACUCCUCAGCCUACGGACUAUGUCCACACCGGCGCAACGUGCCCGACGACGUGCUGCAGCUGGUGAAGCAGACGGGCAGCCUGGUGAUGGUGAACUUCUACAAUGACUACGUGUCAUGCACAAAGGAGGCCAACCUCUCUCAAGUAGCAGACCACCUAGACUACAUCAAGAAGAAGGCAGGUGCUGGAGCAGUAGGCUUUGGCGGGGACUUUGACGGCGUCUCAAGGCUGCCCACAGGCCUGGAGGAUGUCUCUAAGUACCCGGACCUGGUUGCCGAGCUGUUAAGGAGGCAGUGGACGGAGGUGGAGGUCAAGGGUGCCUUGGCCAACAACCUUCUGCGUGUCUUUGAGGCGGUAGAACAGGUGAGUCGUCACACACAAACACCAGAGGAGAAGCCCAUUACGCUGGAUGAGCUGGAAGGUUCCUGCAGGACCUAUUAUGGAUACUCAGCAGCCUCUGGCCUCUACUAUCAGUGGGGGGCCCUGCUGGCCACCUCUGCACCUUUUCUGCUCAGCUGGCACCUUUUAUGA